UGGUCAUCAAAUACGUCGAUUUCAAUUUUUUAUGAUAGAUGUCCAUUUAAAUCCUAUAUAUUAAUAUUUAAAAGUAACAAGAGGUUGGGAACAAGAUGGCGGCGGGAUCUCUAUUGUCGCCACUGUAUGUAAAGGUUUAUUUAGCCACUGUACUCUAAAUAAAUGUGAACAGUGUUAAAAAGUAACGUCAACUGAAUGCAACUGUAUAGUGACUCCGUAGUCUAUAGAAAAUCGUUUCCCCCCAAGCCAAUUAGUUCCAGUUUCCACUACCAUUUUUACUUUAUUUUUAAUGAAUUAAAAAUAAUUAAAACCAAAAAAGAAACCGUUUGCGCUAUCAGUGUUAGCUUGCGAGAACGCUCGCGCAGUUCUACAAUAUAUUUGUUCCUUGAUCAACUCGUAAGACGUUCAAAAGUAAAUGCAAAUUUGUGUCAUAAAUAAAUAAUCAAAAAUUUAAUUGAGGCUUUGUUUUGAUCUGGAAACUUAAAUUAAUCUUGUUGGCGGGUUUAUUUAGAAAUUUAUUAUGAAUACAGAUUCGGAAAAGGAACAUUCACCUCAAAAGCAACUCAGUGUAAUUGAUAAUAGGUCAUGUACCAAGCCUGCAACCAGAAUCUGGUUCAAAGGUGUACGAAGUUCCAAGUUUCGUCACGUUUACGGCGAACCUGCCAAAAGGGACAAAUGCUACGAAAACAUUCAGAUCACGAAAAACGCUCACGAUUCCCAAUUUUGUGCGGUGAAUCCUAAAUUUUUGGCAGUAGUCACCGAAGUGGCCGGCGGAGGCGCGUUCAUUGUAGUACCCAUCAAUUGUACUGGAAGAUUGGAUUUCAAUGCUAGCAGAGUGACAGGACAUUCGGGACCGAUUUUGGAUAUUAAAUGGAACCCGUUUAAUGACAAUGUAAUUGCUUCUUGCUCAGACGAUUGUACAAUCAAGCUAUGGCACAUUCCUGAUGCUGGUCUAGCGGUCCAUCUCAAUGAUUGGUUGGUUGAACUGCAAGGGCACAAACGAAGAGUGGCAUACAUUGAAUGGCACCCGACAGCCGAAAAUAUACUUUUCAGCGCUGGAUUUGAUCAUUUGGUUAUUGUUUGGGACAUUGAAAAGGGAGAAGCGGUUAACGUAAUAGAUUGCCACAGGGACGCCAUCCAUUCCAUGUCAUUGAACCGAGAUGGUAGUUUGCUGGCGACAACUUGCAAAGAUAAAAAGUUACGAGUUAUCGAACCUAGAAGCGGUAUUGUCAAAUCUGAAGGCAUAUGCCAUGAAGGUUCCAAAGCUAGCAAAGUUGUGUUUUUGGGUUCCACUGGGCGACUUUUAACUACUGGUUUUUCGAGGCACUCUGAUAGAAGAUAUGCCGUUUGGGACGAAAAUAACAUCUCCAAGCCACUGUUCUCCGACACAAUUGAUAGUUCAUCGGGAAUAGUGUUUCCAUUUUACGAUCCUGACACCAACAUCGUAUUUUUGGCGGGAAAAGGUGACGGGAAUAUUCGAUUUUAUGAAGUUUCUGACGAACCUCCCUAUAUUCAUUAUCUCAGCCAAGUUAUCUCUGGAAAUCCACAGAGAGGAUUAGGUGUCAUGCCAAAACGAGGUCUCAACACGUCCCAAUGCGAAAUUUACCGUUUCUAUAAGCUACACGCUACCAAAGGGCUCUGCGAGCCAAUCAGUAUGGUGGUACCAAGAAAAAGCGAUCAGUUCCAUGAGGAUUUAUAUCCAGACACUGCCGCCUCUAAACCAUCUUUAACUGCUCAGGAGUGGAUCAAGGGCGCUAACGCACCUCCUAUAUUGUUUUCCAUGAAAACAGGACAAAGUCUGGCAUUGGAUAUCCAAGCGAUAAAACAACGCAAAUUUUUGGUUGCUAAAUCCAAAGAGGCCCCAGUUGUCGAUAACAACAAGCGAAAGUUUCAGUUUUUAUCAACAGAAACUGUUCCAGACUACAGAUCGAAAGAUGUUCAAGAUGAAAAAUCCAAAAAGACUACAACCAAUCAAACAACGAAGUUCCAGCAAUUGCAACAGAGAUGGUCCACUACUAUUGAGGCUCCUGUCAAAGACAUUCCGCUUUUUAAGGAAAUCAAUAGUUUAGGAGAUAAUAUACUUACUGAACAUGAUCUGAGAUUGGCUUAUCAAUUGCAAUCGGACGAAAUAAGAAAACUGAAAAAACAACUUGCCAACAGCGAGCAACGAGUAAAAGAGUUGGAGGAACAAAUGAGAAGAGUAAUUAUUGCAAAAUAAAAGGAUUGCUAAAAUAAAGUAGCAACAUAUUGUAUUACACUAUAGUUUAGCUAUAAUGUGAUUUAGCUAUAAUAGUUUUUACAAAGUAACUAUGUAUUUUUCACAUAUUACAUUUGAAUUAUGCUUAUUGUGCAUCGAUAUUGUGUGCAAUUUAAAGGUAAUAAUUAAUUUAUGAUUGCUCAGUAAAAAUUUUUACUAUUAUAUUAUGACAAAUCCAGUUUUGUUUUUUAUUAAUUUAAUUAUUAUAAUUUGUUAUUUGUAUUUUUUCAAUCUACAUUAAGCUGUUGUGUUACCAAAAAAAUCUCUGCGAUUUAUUUUUAGGUGCUUUAAUUUGAUAAUUUUUGUCCAUUUCAAAGUCAAGAUCUGCUAUGUUUUCUAAUAAAAGUGUGAAGUAAGCAGUUUUACUAAAACCACUGAUUUGAGUACUUUUCUGUCAAUAUUUUACUUUCAUUUGGAUAUACAUACUAUGUGCUGUGUAUCUACCUGAAUUUUGUUUCUCUGUUUUUCAACACAGAAAUUUCUCUCAAUCAAUAGUUUAAGAUUCCAUGUCAUUGCUCUGCCAUGGGAGUAAUUUUAGUAAAACUUCUUGCAGGAGGCAAAAGUUGACUUUUUAAAAAAAUAAUUGUGGUUUAUACAAUCUUCAAAAAUAUUGGUAAAUGAUAAUAAUUAGCAAAAUAUUUUCUCGGAUAUAUUUGUUUUUCAAUUUUCUAAACUAGUCAAAAUGAUUAUUGAUUUUGAUCAGAGGCCCUAUUGACUUUUUUUAUGUAAUUUUUGAUAUUGUUAUUUACUUAUACUUUUUUAUAUACAGUUACUACAAAACAGUCAUUGUUUUGAAAAGACAUUAUUUUACAAAGUAACACAGAUAAAUCAUGAACUUGAUGGAAUUCAGUAGUUGCAAUAAUAAUUAGGUAUUUUAUUCACAUGUCAUUUAUUAUUUGAAAUAUGUAUGUAUUCCGAAAACUUUAUGAUUAUUUUGUAGUAACUUAGUACUUAGUCUUAGUAGUACCUUACCUACUGGAUAUUUUCAUUCCGUUUUUGUUUCAAAAUCAUUCCAAUUGGUCUCCAAAUUAGGACGCACAAAAUUGUAUCUUUUUCUUGGCUGAAAAAAUCUUAAUCUUUAUCUCGAUUGCUAAUUUUCUUUUAAUGUUUAACUUUUAGGUUAAAAAGACAGUAUUAUUGUAGUGAGUAAUAUUUUUCUACACUUAUAAAAAUUCUAAACAAGCUUUGAAGCUUUAAUAGCUUUUUGCCAAAAUUAUUGUGAACAUAUUUUUGUAGUUUAUGGAACGAAUGAAAAUAUAUUGAUUAUCAAGCAGA